AUGACUGUACAUAAUCCGCUCAGCUACCCUACGUCCAAGAGACCCUUCUCUCUGGAUACUUUCCAAGAUCCUCCAAGGGAGUACCGCGGUGCUCCAUUCUGGGGAUGGGUCACCAAACAGGAGAAGAAAUCUACCCUCGAGCAGAUCGAUAUGUUCGAGGAGAUGGGUAUGGGAGGGUUUCAUAUGCAUACGAGAGUAGGAUUAGACGUACCUUAUAUGGGUGAGGAGUUCAUGGAUAUUGUCGAAGGGUGUGUCGAGACUGCUAAGAAGAAGGGGAUGUACGCCUUUCUUUAUGAUGAGGAUAGAUGGCCAAGUGGUUUUGCCGGUGGAAAGGUUUUAGAGGGACAUCCGGAAUUGAGGCAUCAGCAUCUUCUGUUCACGCCUUGGGCAUAUGGUGAAGAGAUUGGUUAUACCAAGCCCACCUUCCCCAUCGCCAACGCCGCUCCAAUGCGAAGUGAACUCGGUGAUCUCCUAGCCACCUACGCCAUCAAAUUAGAUAACGGUCGUCUAGCGUCAUCCCGUCGUAUCUCUUCGACUGAUGAUAUCCAAUCAGAUGAAAGGGUAUGGUAUGCCUAUGCCGAACCUCUCCCCGAUAGUGGGUUCUUCGGUGAUCAGACAUAUACAGAUCUAUUAAGUGAAGAUAUGACGAAACGAUUCGUCAAACUCACUCAUGAAGUAUAUAAGAAACAUGUUGGUGACGAAUUCGGUAAAUCCAUUCCAUCCAUGUUCACAGACGAACCUCAAAUCUGUCCCAUGUCAACUCUGAGCGUAGCAGAGAAACUCCAAGAUGUCUUUUUGCCCUGGACGAGAGAUAUCGUCAAUUCCUUCAAGCAAGCUAAAGGAGGUGAUCUCCUGGAAAUACUACCUUAUUUAAUCUGGGAUCCAGUGAAUCAAGAUGCCAAUAUUGCCAAAUACCAAUUUUUAGAUCAUGUCUGUGAAUUGUUUGCAUCGAAUUAUAUGGGUGUGUUGGCCAAAUGGUGUGCGAAGAAUAACUUGUAUUGUACUGGUCAUCUCAACGGGGAACCGACACUUGCCUCUCAAGCUGCCCAGAACGGAGAGUGCAUGCGAUGUUAUCGCGAGAUGCAAUUCCCAGGUAUCGACAUGCUGUGCGAUAAGAAGGAACUCAAUACUGCCAAACAGGCUGCAUCUGUCUCACGUCAGUAUGGUCGUUCGGGUCUGAUGAGUGAACUGUACGGUGUGACGGGGUGGCAGUUCACUUUUGAAGGUCAUAAAGGCCAAGGAGAUUGGCAAGCUGCUUUAGGAGUUACUUUAAGGGUACACCACCUGUUCUGGUCAACGAUGGAGGGAGAGGCCAAGAGAGAUUACCCUGGUUGUAUAGGUUAUCAAUCACCUUGGUGGAAAGAAUACAAAUCGAUUGAAGAUCAUUUUGCCCGUGUCAACUCUGCUUUAACCAGAGGUAGACCUCUAACUAGAGUAGCGGUCAUCCACCCAAUCGAAAGUUAUUGGUUAUGCUUUGGACCUAAGGAUCAAAAUUCAGAAGAACUAGAAUAUAGGGAAAAAGCGUUUGCAGAAUUGACUGAAUGGUUACUCAAAGGUCAUAUCGAUUUCGAUUUCAUCUCUGAAUCUCUCUUCCCAGACCAAACUGAUAUCAGCUCUAUUGGCAAAACCCUACCCGUCGGUCAUUGUAAUUACGAAGCUGUCAUCGUACCGAACCUACGUACGAUUCGAUCUACCACGCUAGUAAGAUUACAGAAGUUCGCAGAGAAAGGUGGUAAAGUCAUUAUUGCUGGUAUAGCCCCUACUCUUGUCGAUGCACAAAUCCCAGCUUACCCUCUCGAAAUCAACAAGGCGGUUAGUCUACCUUGGUCAAAAGCUCAGAUCCUCUCUGCGCUAUACCUCCACCGAGAUCUGGAUAUGAUCGUCAGCGAUACCACGCUUUAUCGAGCCCAGGGCAAUCGAGCGGAUUCACUGUUCUACCAAAUGAGACAGGAUGGGGAUGCACGAUAUGUCUUUAUCUGUAACACAGAUAGGAAGGAGCCAUGUCCUGUUGUGUUGAAUAUCACAGGAGAAUGGGCAGUGGAAGCUCUCGAAACCUUUAAUGGGUCUUCUUGGGAAGUGAAGACUGAGCAAGCCAACGGUCGGACUACCUUCAAAUACUGGUUUGACGGUUGUGAGAGUGUUGUUCUGCGACUCAAGCCAGGAAAGGCCGGUCCCAAUGCUAAAGAUCAAACCGUUCUCAGAAGACAUUACAAGCAAGUUGCCGAUGUCAAACUCCAAUCAGUGUCAUUGGAAGAACCCAAUACUCUUUUACUUGAUUACUGUGAUUACAAAUGGAACGACGAGCCCUGGCAAGGUCCCGAGGAAGUCUUAGCAGUUGAUCAACUCAUGAGAAGACGUUUAGGUUUAUUCCUCAAAGGAGCGAAAUUCCGUCAACCGUAUACCAUCCCUCAAUCUAAACGACAACCUAUCGGUAAACUCAGAUUAAGAUUCGCUAUCAAUUCGAAGAUCGAUGUUCAAUCUAGUUCGUUGGCGAUCGAAUCUCCAGAUAAAGUAAAGGCCUAUUUAGAUUCCACGCCUAUCGACUUGACUCCCAACGGUUGGUGGGUAGAUAAAUCAAUUAAAACGAUCCCUUUCCCCUCUCUAUCAGCUGGUAAACAUUCGUUAGAAUUGGAAUACGAUUAUGGAAUGUUAACGAACUUGGAGAGAGUCUAUCUACUUGGUGAUUUCGGUGUCGAAAUUAGAGGUAGGACCACGACGAUCGUUCCGCUCAAUUUGGAUCAGAUCGAAUUUGGUGAUAUCACAAGACAAGGAUUACCUUUUUACUCUGGUAAUUUAACUUAUCAUUGUACUUUCGAAUCUCCCCCUUCGCAAUCCCCACAAGAAGGAACGGAUAAGGAUAAACUUGCGAUUAGAGUAGCUCAUUUUGCUGGACCGGCCGUCUCAGUCGAUAUUGACAAUAAACGAUCCGCUUUAUUAGUUCAUGAACCGUACGCUUUCGAACUUGGUCAAAUAGAAAGAGGCGAACAUAAAGUAGAUUUCACAUGUUAUGGAAAUCGACAUAAUGCCUUUGGAGCUGUACACUUGGUGCCCAACAAAACGAAUUGGUUGAAUGCGGAUUCAUGGAGAAGCGAUUAUGAUUGGUGGUCUGAGGAAUAUGUUUUAGGUCAAGUUGGGAUACUCAAUGCUCCUAGAGUGGAAGUACCUGGGUUGGAAGUUCCUAAACAGAUUAGAAGAGGUUUGGUUCUGCAUGUGUAA